UCAGCCUUUCGUCGUUACACAAUUAUGGCUUCGAAUUCUGCAAUGCCGCCCCCUGUUACCGCUCAAUCCCUCAAUCCUAAGGUAUUGAAAUGUGAAUACGCUGUUCGUGGUGAAAUUGUCUCUAUUGCUCAGAAAUUGCAGCAAGACUUGCAAGCAAAUCCAGGUUCCCAUCCUUUUAAGGAGAUACUCUAUUGUAAUAUUGGGAAUCCUCAAUCUCUUGGUCAAAAGCCUAUAACUUUCUUUCGAGAGGUCCUUUCACUAUGUGACCAUCCUGCCUUAUUGGACAAGACUGAAACUAGCAGUUUGUACAGUGCGGAUUCAAUAAAGCGUGCAUCUACAAUUCUAGAUCAAAUGCCUGGAAGAGCUACCGGUGCAUAUAGUCACAGUCAGGGCAUCAAGGGAUUACGUGAUACCAUUGCUACUGGUAUCGAAGUUCGUGAUGGUUUUCCUGUUGAUCCAAACGAUAUCUUCUUAACUGAUGGUGCAAGUCCAGGGGUCCAUAUGAUGAUGCAGUUACUAAUUAGAUCAGAGAACGAUGGAAUUUUAUGUCCUAUUCCGCAGUACCCUCUUUACUCUGCUUCCAUAGCCCUUCAUGGUGGCACUCUUGUGCGUUAUUAUCUUGAUGAAGCAACGGGAUGGGGACUGGAGAUAUCUGAACUCAAGAAGCAAUUGGAAGCUGCCAGACAGAAGGGUAUUACUGUUAGGGCCUUGGUUGUAAUCAAUCCAGGGAACCCAACAGGGCAGGUUCUUGCUGAGGAAAACCAACGACAAAUUGUGGACUUCUGCAAGAAAGAGGGUUUGGUUCUUCUAGCAGAUGAGGUAUACCAGGAAAAUAUAUAUGCACCUGACAAAAAAUUCAACUCGUUUAAGAAAAUCUGUCGUUCUAUGGGAUAUGGUGACAAGGAUAUACCUUUGGUUUCUUUUCAGUCGGUGUCUAAAGGAUAUCAUGGUGAGUGUGGAAAAAGAGGUGGUUAUAUGGAGGUAACUGGUUUUGGUCCCGAGGUCAGGGAACAGUUUUACAAGGUGGCAUCCGUGAACCUUUGUUCAAAUAUUUCUGGUCAAAUUCUUGCAAGCCUUGUCAUGAGCCCUCCAAAGGUUGGAGAUGAAUCCUACAAUGCCUAUAUGGCUGAGAGAAAUGGAAUCCUGGAAUCGCUUGCAAGACGUGCUAAGACUUUGGAAGAUGCAUUCAACAGCUUAGAGGGCGUUACCUGCAACAAAGCAGAGGGCGCCAUGUACCUUUUCCCACGCAUUCAACUGCCAAAGAAAGCAAUAAAAGCAGCAGAAGAAGCUAAAAAAGCAGCAGAUGCAUAUUAUGCUAUCCGUCUUCUUAAUGCCACAGGUGUUGUUGUGGUUCCUGGUAGUGGUUUUGGUCAGGUCCCAGGAACAUGGCAUUUUAGGUGCACAAUAUUGCCUCAAGAGGACAAGAUUCCAGCCAUAGUUUCACGGUUGACAGAUUUCCACAAGAAGUUCAUGGACGAAUUCCGUGAUUAGAUGGUGUUCUUAUCACUUGUUUCUUU